AUGCUGCCACUGUACUCAACAUUGUCUGUAUGUUUCCUGGCAUGUCAUAUUGCCCGGGAAGCCAUCCUACCGACUGACAUCUAUAGGUGGGCAAUGGAGGGUAAGCUUCCUUAUAUGGCAGCAUUUACCGAAGUGGACAGGCUUCUUGGGAGCUCUGUAAAACACUGCCCUUUGAGUGCAAGACAACUAUUCAGACCAGUCCGAGUGAUUGGAACAUGGCAACUGGAAGCUGCAGCUGGGUCCAUUGCACAACGAAUAGGAUUGCAGCUUCCUUCAGUUAAUUUCUAUGCUAUUGCUCAACGCUACUUGAAUGAGUUGUCUCUGCCGAUAGAAAGAAUCCUCCCUCAUGCUUGCCGCAUCUAUGAGUGGGCAUUGCCUGCAGAACUAUGGUUGUCUAGUAAUCCAUUAAGGGUCCCCACACGGGUCUGUGUAAUGGCUAUACUAAUAGUGGCUCUAAGAGUUCAGUAUAACAUCCAUGGUCAAGGGAUAUGGGAGGAGAUUUGUGAGACAGGAAGAAAUGCAGAUGGGUCUGAUCCUGAUGAGAAUUUACCACCAUCUAUGAGGCCUGAAGGCGGCACUAGUGAGGAAUUUGGCACAAGGGAAUUGCUAUGCACUCUUGCAAGUGCCUAUGAUAAAAUUGAUGUUGCGCAUGGUUAUACCCUCAUAUGUGUAGAGCCGCUAGUCUAUCUCCAUGACUAUUCAAAGGACCUUCACUCUUAUCUCAAGUACUGCAAAGAUAUUGUUUUCCCUGGGAUUGCAUGUUCAAUUGAAGAGGAUCACUUAAUAGAGAUCUUUCAGGAUAUGUACAAAGGACGAGAGGAUGGGAAUCCAAAAGCUCGCAUGGAGGAAACGCAAACCACGAAUGGAGUGAUGAAUAAACGAUGUCGGGAUGGAACUUCUGUUGGUGCAAGGAGCAUUUCUGCAUCAUCAUCAGGGAUCCAAAGGAUCAAGUCGGAAAUGGAAGAUCAUGGGUUUUGUUAUCUGCCGCCAAGGAAGUUGCUUAGAUCAAAUGGCUACCUUCACUAUAGAAGGAAGACAAUAACCGGUAGUCUUGUUUGCAUCGGACAUGCUGAUUAUUACGUGCUGAUACGCUCAUUUGCAAAGCUUGCAGAAGUUGAUGUUAGGGUUCUGCAUACCAGUGUGCUAAAACUUGAGAGGAGACUUGCCUGGAUAGACGAGCGGAUAGGCAGAAGCUUGGAUGCCUUGCAGAAUCCACCUAUUAGCUAA